AUGGACCUCGCAGACGAGGAAAUGACGGCAUUUCGAACCCUAAAAAAGAUAUAUUGCUACAAGGUAAUGCCCUUCGGGUUGAAGAACGCUGAUGCUACUUAUCAACGUGCCAUGCAGAAGGUGUUUGACAAUAUGUUGCACAAACACAAAAAGUGCUAUGUGGAUGACCUUGUGGUCAAGAUCAAGCGACGACAGGACCAUUUGAAAGAUCUAAUAACCAUGUUCGAUCGCCUGCAAAAGGAAAAACAGAGUACGGGGUUGAUAGAAGCUAAGAAAGAAAACGUGGUGGAUUUUAUUCGCACUCAUAUCAUUUAUUGGUAUUGUAUUCCCCAUCGGAUCGUGACGGAUAACGGGAGACAAUUCUUCAAUAGUUUGAUAGACAUGUUGUGUGAAAAAUUCAAAUUUAAGCAGUACAAGUCAUCCAUGUAUAAUGCCGCCGCAAAUGGGUUGGUAGAGGCAUUUAACAAGACAUUGUGCAACCUGCUGAAGAAAAUUGUUUCCAAGUUGAAGAGAGAUUGGCAGGAGAAGAUCGAUAAAGCGUUGUGGGCUUAUCACACCACUCAUCGUACCCUUACAGGAGUUACCCUGUACUCUCUCGUUUAUGGGGUAGAAGUUGUCCUUCGUUUGGAAAGAGAAAUUCCAUCGCUAAGAAUGGCGGUGCAAGAAGGGCUGACUACAGAGGACAAUACCAAAUUGCGGCUUCAAGAGUUGGAAGCACUGGAUGAAAAACGAUUAGAAGCUCAAUAA